AUGAUCCCGACUAGCUUCUCGGACGAGGACAAUCUGCUCUACCUUCUUGGUGGCACUCUUCUCGUAGUUUCCGUAGUCAUUUUGACAUUAUUCAUCAAAACCAAGGCUUCACGUCUGAACUGGUUCGAACAAAAUCUUGUUGAAAUGUCUAUGGAAGCUCAUCAUUAUCGCUGUAAAUCUUUCAACAGAACCGAUACCGAAGAUGACACGAGCAGUAUUGACCAUUUCCGUGAGCGUGUCGAACGACCCACACACGACAUCCAUCCGGUCGCGGAACCUCUAGUUGUCGCAAGUCUUCCGACUGGUGACGUUAGCGGGAAAUUCGUGAUUCCGAGAUUUUCACGAAUAAGUCAGAGUAUGUUCGCCAAUCCGCAGCAAAGCCAGUUCGAUCGAGGACUGUACCAGUGUACGCCUCCUGACGAAUCUGCAUGUACCGAUGUUAUGGGAGCAUCCGGAUCUAUCCAGCUUAGUCUGUCCUUAGACGCUAAUCUUGGACUUCUUACUGUUUCACUAAAACAAGCAUAUGACCUACCAAGCAAGCGCCAGGAUGAUAAUCCCAAUCCAUACUUCCGAGUAGCGUUGGAUAUCCCAGAUGGAGCGAAGGCACAGCAGCAGACAAAAACAUUCCGAGGAACGACAUCACCGGAAAUCGGGGAGAAUUUUUACUUCCAAAUACCAGCUGCUCAGAUUGCUUCUUGCCGUCUGGAAAUCAUGGUCUAUGACUACGACCAGUUCAGUGUUGACGAAUGUGUCGGUUACUGCUGGCUCACACUUGGGCGACUUACCGUAUCGCUUGAUAAGGACACUCCUACAGUAUUCUGGGCCGAAGUGUUACCGUAUGACGAGAAUGGAGGGUCUGGCUAUGGAGAAGUUUUAUUCUCACUCGCAUAUCUUUCCCAAGCACAACGCCUAACGAUGAACAUUUUCAAAGCACGGAAUCUACGCUGCCGAGGAGACGGAUCUAUCUCCAUGAGAGUAUCACUUAUGGGUAAUGACGAAAAGCGUUUGAAACGAAAGAAGACAGCAUCAAGAAGAAAUGUGCGCAAUGCACAAUUUAACGAGUCGUUGACAUUUGGAAUACCAAAGCGAACCCUGUGUGAUGUAUCACUUGAGAUUGAGGCUAUACACGAAACGGGAACAUUUGGAAUGACUACAGAAGUUGUAGGACGGAUGGAGCUUCCUUUACACAGGUGUAAGGAUCUGUGGAGGGCCAUAAUUCACGAAGAAAAAUCUCAAGCACGUUGGUACUCAUUGGAAGAACCAUAG